AUGUCUUCACCUCCUGCAUUUGGGGAAACCUGCGACGAACGCUUCGAUCGAAAUCUUCCGGAUGAUCUUUCUGCGGCUAGCAAGGCUGGCCCCAGCGCCGUUCGCUAUAAUUAUGGCGUCAUCGCAAAGCACGUCUGGUACAACGGCAACCUAUACCCCUACACCUUCGUGGGUAGCCGCACGCUAGUGGAGGACGCCCAGGCAGUGCUCAACGGUGAAGCCAGCUACCUAUUGGAUAACGAUGGAAUCCUUGGCGAUGUCGACCAGGAUUACGUCAACGCCAUAGCCCCACAGAUGAACAUGCUCGUCGCUUUGCAAGCCAACGGCCCAGACACAGCGCCGCUUGGAGGCCCACCCCAGCUUCAGCCUCCUGUUCCUGUCGCACUCAUCAACCCGACAUUCAACAACCAAGUUCAGCAUGCCGCCGUUACGAUUCCGCAGUGUCCCUACGGAUGCGCCGGUACCUUCGGCCGUCCUGGAGAGUAUAACCGCCACAUGAAGAAGCAUAACGGCCCCUUCUUCCCUUGCACGCAGCCUUCGUGUGGCAUGAUAUUUUAUCGCCGGGAUAAGCUGCGCGAUCAUCUUGCCAGAGGUCAUUAG